UGCACAGACCGACACGCACCGACACGCACCGUGGGAAGAGCCCUGUCCGUGUGCGUUGCCGUCCGUGCGCGUCGGCUGUGGUGCGUGAGGAUCCGCAGAAUCACGCACCGUGGGAACCAGGCUUUAAGGAAUGACAGCUCUGUACCUGACAGAUUGACAAAUUGACAAUGACAACAACGAACGAAUCAGAACGAAUGGACAAAUUAAAAUUGUCAAUAAUGAAAAUGUCUGAAAUAAUUAAACAAUAAUAACAGUCAGCUUUCUUGCUUGCGAUAAAAUUUAAUAAAACCAAAGAACCUGUAUUUUUCACGAAAAGAUAAAUAUGCAGACUGUGCAAAUAAUAUUUUUUCCCAUAAGACCAUUAUUAAUUCAUUGAAGAAAUUCGGAAAAAUAAUCGAGAAUGUUGAAUUUAUGAACUUCAGUUUCAAUAUGAUUGCGGGGAUAUAUAUUUAGGACAUUCUAGAUAUGUGAUCCCGUUUCAAUGAUAAGACUUCUGCUUGCUUAGCAUGGAAGCCUUAAUUGAGGAGAGUUUAUAUCGUGCAGUGGUUGCGGAAGAUCAGGAAGCGGUUAUAAAGGCGCUCUCCAAAGGUGCUAAUCCAAACAAGACUGCCAGCCAAGGUAAGACCAGUUUAGGAGAGGCUGCAAACAAUGGGAACAUUGGUAUUGUCAAACUAUUAAUAAAUGCAAGUGAAGCAAAACGGCACACUCCUGUAUCUUAUACUGGUUCCUCCAAGAAGCGCCUUGUCAAAUGCCACAAACGCAAGCUGAGACACAAUGGACAACAUGAUGAGACUGUGGUAAAAUGCAAAAAUUUGAAUGACAGAACUUUUAAAGAUUUUCAUUUUGGACAGUAUGAUGCAGUUGGAGUGGAUCAAACCAGCUCAAAAGCAGAUGCAAACCAGGGAUAUUUUGUUUUCAUACACAGUGACGGAUCUAGUAGCGAUGAGAGUAGAAUAAGUAUGAAAUCACCAAUUACUUCCACACCCUCACCACAAGCUGACCUAGAAUGGGAUGAGGACAUAGGGAAUGUGGCUCCAACUACCAGUGAAGAUGAGACAUGGUCUUCUAUGUACAAAUGGUAUGCAGCAAUACUAGAGUCUACAGGGGCAGCUAUUGCUUCAGCCUCUGUAGUGACCAAUGGAAUUGAUCAACAUGAUGCAUUUAUGCAAACUGCCUUACAUUAUGCUGCAGAGCAGGGUCAUGCUGGUGUUGUUAAAUUACUUAUAGAAGCUGGCUGUAAAGUAGAUGCUGAGACGGGAGAUGGUGUAACAGCCUUACAUGUAGCAGUAAUUAAGAAUUAUAUUGAUAUUGUCAAGAUACUCUUAAAAGCAGGGAGCAAUGUCAACCACAAAACGUAUGAUAGUAUGACACCUCUGCAUUUUGCUACAUCAAGAGGUUUCUUGGAUUUGGUAAAAUUUCUAGUCAGUCACGGAGCUAGUUUAGAAGCUAGGGAUGCAAAUGAGAGGACAGCUUUGUAUAUAGCAGCUGGUCGCUGUCAUGAGGAUGUGAUCAAAUAUCUUAUAAAUGCUGGUGCUAAUGUUAAUAGUGAAGAAAUACAUGGUUACACGCCUUUAUGCGAAGCUGUUUGGCAAAAAUUUCCUGUGGGUGUAGAACAGUUAUUGUUAUCUGGUGCUAGAAUAACCCAUUCACAUAGGCUUCUACAUAAUGCAAUAAUACAAAGACAGGUGGAAAUCGUGGAGCUUCUUACAGCUUAUGGUGCAGGAAUCAAUUUAUACAACGACAAUGGUGAUACUCCUUUACUUUUAGCUGCAAGAUUGUCACAGCCUGAGGUCGCGAAAAUUUUGUUACGAAAAGGAGCAAAUGCCAAUUUGUGCAACAGUAUAACAGGUGCUAAUGUGUUGCAUAUAGCUGUUGAGAGUAUGGCUAACCCUGAUGAGUUUGAGGAAUUGUUGCAGUGUGUGAUAGAUCAUAAGAUUGAUAUGAACGCCACAGCACUGACUGGCGAUACCGCGCUAAACAGGGCACUCUUGUUACACAAAGAUCAUGCCGCAGUUCUAUUAAUUCGCUAUGGAGCAGAUGUAAACACUUGUGAUUUACAUUCCUGUGGCUUAGACAAUUUGUCCAUAGCGAGUAGACGGCGAUCGUGUAGCUUAGCAUCCAUGUUAUUGAAAGCUGGCCACUACGUCACGGUCCCAGAUCAAGGCGCAACUGUUCCUAAGCCAGGAAGCACGGCAUAUUGGUUAUACCAUGCUUGCAAACAACCACUAAGUCUCUCUGAUCUCUGUAGGAUUAAAAUUAGACGUGUAGGUGCCAGCACAGGAGUGACAUUGUUCCGAUUCAUUUCGUCCCUGCCUCUACCCAAGAGCUUAAAAAGAUAUCUCAUGAUGGAAGAUGGAAAUCUGUACUGAUAUGUAAUGUGAUUCAGUUAGAAGUCUGGGGCUAAUGAAAUAAAAAUAAACAUCUAUAUUCAUUUUUAUUUAGUAAAAUUACACAGUAGUACAAAGGUGUACUUAGGGUAAAAUAUAAAAUAUUUGUUGAUUAGAAUAUCUAUAAUUAGUGACACAAUAGUCCAUAAAAUCUUCGAAAUGAGUUGAAUCGUUUUAUACACCUAACAGUAAAGAAUUUUACAUUAUUUCUAACUGUUAUGGGGAAAGCAAAUAAAUAAGUAGUUUUAUAGAUGUUUACAUUUUCUGAGAGCUGAAAUGGUUCAAAUUUUAAUAUUUGGUUGUAUACAAUCUAAUGUUGAUUAUUUAUAUUUGUUAAGAAAAAUAUUCUAGACUUAUGUGAUUUAAUUUAUAAACAAAACAUGUAUCGCUAAUUUUCCUUUAUAGUACAUUUUUAUGCAAAAGGUGUCCAAGUUAUGUGAAUUGUUUGGAGUAAGAAUCUAGUCCUAUCCUAAUUAAUACAUGCUUUAGUAAUACGUUUAGUAAUUAAAAUAAAUGAUAUGAAUUCAGACAUACUAAUACAUAGAAUAAAGCAACAUCCUGUUGCUGGUUAAGCCUACUUACACAGGGUGAGUAAAUUAUAAUGUACCUAUCUAUUCUGUUAUUAAUACAAUGUACAUACAUAAGAAAA